UUAUUUUAUUAAGAGUGCUAUGGAACUUUUCCAUAAGGCCCAAGUGGUACGUUUCCGAAGCCACCAUGACAAGUACCUAUUAGCCGAUGAGGAUGAAGAAGCUGUAAGCCAAGAUCGCAAUGGUUCGGUCAAGAAUGCUAGAUGGACUGUGGAGUUCAUUGACAAUGCCAAUGUUUUACGUUUCAAAAGCUGUUAUGGAAAGUACUUAACAGCCUCAAACAUGCCAUUUCUAUUAGGAAUGACAGGCAAGAAAGUGCUACAAACAUUGCCAAAAAGAUUGGAUUCCUCGUUGGAAUGGGAGCCCAUUAGAGAAGGAUUCCAGGUCAGGCUCAGGACACGUUACGGCCAAUACUUACGUGCAAAUGGAGGCUUGCCACCUUGGCGGAACUCGAUCACGCAUGAUAUUCCACAUAGAACUGCAACGCAGGAUUGGGUUCUGUGGGAGGUGGAUAUGGUAGAGAUUCGAAUGCAAUCUCCACCACCUCCACUGGUGUUACAACCGGUUAAACGAACGGAUUCUUUUUCUUCAGAAGCAGGCUCCAAGAUUGAGCUUAUGUCCCCUGAUUUGGGAGAAGAGUUGAGUAACGAGUUAUCUGGUUCACCCAUGAAAGCCGAAGGCAGGAUUAUCUAUUAUAACGUGGCUAAUGAAAAAGGAGAUGUUGAGGAUGAAACCAAAGGACUUUCCUUCACAUUCAAGGGGAGUGGUGUGGAGGAAUUAAAGGAAAAGUUGAUGGAAGAGACGGCACUUAGUGAUAUCCUUGUGUGCUCUCGCAAUCCCUUGAAUGGGGAACUGUACCCCAUUCGCUUACAUCUUCCACCAAACAAGACUAAUAUGCAUGUCGUUGUUGUUCCAUCAUCAUGGAAAGCAAGGAAGUGCCCAACUGCUGGGGUUGCUGGUGUGGAAGGUCCAGAGAGAAGGAGCCAGGGAAGGAAAGUUUGUGAGAAGCAGAAUAAGAGUGAAUUAGAAGAAAAGCUAAAAGAAGCUGAAAAUGUCAUCAAAGAAUUGAGAGAAACUGCAACGCUUAAAGCCCAAGAGCAUUCUUCUGAGCUAUGGAAGCACAAAUCUGCCUUCAUUGAAGUUGUGACAAACCAAUGGCAACUUGAAGCUGGAAUGGGCUACGCACUUAGGAAAAUUGAAGCUACAAAAGAACUUGGAGUAGUAUUAGAGUAA